CGAGCUCGCACCUUCUGACAAACCCUUAUUGACUAAUAUAAUGGCUUCCACGACGACGUCCUUGCACACGCCUUCUGGCACAGUUGUUAUCAACAAGAUCGGCCAUGGCUUGAUGUCGAUGACACUGACGGGAACUAUCCCGGACGAACAGUGUUUUGCAGCCAUCAAGGGUGGGGUAGACUCCCUCCCUGAGGGUGUGAAGAUGUUCUUGAACGGCGGGGAGUUCUACGGUCCGAACGCCAACACCGCGAACCUCGAGAUGCUCUCGCGGUUCUUCGAAAAGUACCCCGAGUACGCCGACAAGACGUUCUUGUCCGUAAAGGGUGGUAUCAAUCUGAAGGCCUUCUCCAUUGACGGCAGCGAGGAGAACACAAAGGCGAGCAUAGAGAACGUCCUUGACAAGCUGCGCGGGAAGAAGAAGCUCGACCUCUACCAGUUCGGUCGUGUAGACAAGAACGUCCCGCUCGAAACGACGCUCGACGUGAUGGCGCAGUACGUCAAGGAGGGCAAGGUCGGAUCGAUCGGCAUGUCGGAGGUGAGGGCGGAGACGCUGCUGCGUGGGCACAAGUUCCAUCCUGUGACCGCCGUCGAGAUCGAAGUCAGCCCUUGGGAGUAUGGAUCGGAGCAGAAGAAGGUUAUCGAGGUGGCGAAGGAGAAUAACAUCGCGGUCAUCGCGUAUUCCCCCAUCGGACGUGGUUUCCUCUCCGGAGAAUUCAAGAAGUUCGAGGACCUGCCUGAGAACGACCGUCGUCGCCAGUGGCCCCGCUUCCAGAAAGAGAACUUUGAGAAGAACGUCGUUAUCGUUGAUCAGCUGCAAGCCAUAUCCAAGCCCAAGGGUAUUACUCCGGCCCAGCUGUCUAUCGCAUGGGUGUCCACUCUCGGUCCCCAUGUUGUUCCUCUCCCUGGCUCGGCUCGUACUGAUCGCACCCUGGAGAACCUUGCAAGCAACAACGUCACUUUCACUACCGAGGAACUGGCGAAGGUCAACGAGGUUGUCGAGAACGCGGCUAUCACAGUACAGGGUGAUCGCUACCCGGAAGCGCAUAUGGCGGCCCUUUGGGCCUGAUCGUGUCAUCUGCCUUGAGCCAUUGUAGAGCUGACAACGUGUAUGUUGUCGAUGCUCUCGCGUCGCCCGAGUGUAUGUUGCCAGGUCACGCUUCUAUACCUCUUCUAUGUACGAUAACGUCGAAUAGCUUGAUAAGCCAUGUUAGAAAAUCUACAGAUGUGAACGAUUAGUUAAAAGGUCGCGGAAUAGGAACUUGCUGUACCUGAUAACGUAGACAUGUCCUGUGCAUUCAUGCUUACAUGCGGUUGUCGUGCU